UGUACGAAUGGCGACAAUUUAAUUUUCAGAGUUUAGGGAGACAUGAAAACGUCAAGUAUCAUAAAGUGUACAUUGAGGUAAUGGUAAUGUAUAAUGGCUAAAGAAAUGAAAAAGAAAAAGUUAUAGUGACGUGAAGUAAAACAAAGAAGAUAGAGGAACAGAUAUACAUACAGAGUAUCGUGACCGAGAAGAAAAAUAAGAAAGGAAGACUGCGAAGCUAGUUCUCUUCAUGUAUUUUUAGCAGUGUGUCUCUUCGUAUCGUUUUGCUGGAGCUUUUUAAGGGAUCGCUGUCGAUGUAACAUUAUAAAGCGGUCAUUAGCGAAACUGUGGGCCGGUCGCGCCGAAGUCGGAAAGGUCCCCGGAGUCGAAGCUGCCCUCGUCGGUUGGGGGAGGCAUCGCCGUGCCGACGAGGCGCCGGAGGCCCGGUCACGUGACAUGGGGCCGCGAGCGCGCACUACCCGAGGAGAGUCGACUUAUCGGAGAUGCAUCGUCCGAGCGGCGGCGCGGAGCUGCCCGCGAGCGUAGCGGCGCAUCUAUGAAAGACCGCGGAGGGCCCGCGAAGCCGAGAGCAGAGGAAGGAAGGAAAGGGAGGGCCCAAGGACGCGAGUCCCCGAGCGGAAGCGCGCGGGCAUGAAGGAUGGCCGACACGGGCGGCCGUUCACAAAGCGUCCGCGGGGUCGUCGGCUUCGUCGAUGUCGAUCCCGGUCGCGGCGAGAGGCGCGCUCUCGCGGCUCGCUGCGCUAUGUGGGCCCUCUGCCUCGGAGUGCUGGCCUGCGUCCUCCAGUCCGCGGCUACGGGGACCCCCACCUGGGCCUACUUUCACAAUCCCGACGCGGGUACAACGACAGAAAGAGGAUAUUUUGGACCAUGGAGGCAAUGCAAAUAUCUGCUCUAUGGACGAGAAAGGUGUGGUCAAGGUGUAACGAGACUCAAACCAAUUUGGACCGUUUGGGUAUCAGGAGUUGCUGCUGCAUGUGCAUCCGUCCUAUUGGCUGUAAUUGUUGGUUUAACCAUACUCCAAUUAGCGAUGGCUUCUUCGGCAAAGCGCGUCGUCAUUUCUUACAGUACGGCAGUCAUCGGGAAAGUUGCAUUGGCUACCUUAACCACUUGUUUGGCUGUGGUGGCAGCGAGUCUCUUUGCGAUGCAAACAGACGAUCGAGAUAAUAGUUUCAUCGUUACAAGAGGCGAGGGCUUUUACAUGCAAAUAGCAUCGAUCGUGCUAAAUUUUGGAGUUCUCGUCUCGGCGGUAUAUGAAGGCAUUUAUGCAAGGCGAGGUGGCGAUCCAACAAAGCUGAGAGAGACAUCCGAUGCUCGUGGUACGACAAUCAACAAUCCUGGAUAUCGGGAAUCUGGGCACCCAACCAAUGGUGGCAGCAUUUCGAUGACUGACGCUAGUGGCAAACCAUAUGCAAGAGGAACUGCGGGCAACGGCUCAAUGGCCAGCGUCGCGACUUCCGGAAGCGCCGUGAGUACGGCCUCGCCUCUGCGCAGCUCUCUGAAAAAGCCGAAACCUCUGGGUAUUCAGAAUCCCGGCUUUUCCACGCACAGCCCUACGCUUCAGCGCAAUGGCUCGCAGAAGAAAGUUCGAAUACAAACGCACUCAACGGAGGUGUGAGUUGCCGAACGAAAUGAAUAAAGCAUUGAUAAGCCAUAAGAUUCACAAGAGACUAAUCUCGACAUUUGGAGUCGGAAGUGUAGAGGAACUUACGGAGUGACGUAUUUUUUAUCGAAGCCGAGGGGAAUUAUUUUUGAUUAAUCGCUUGAUUAACGAACGUUUACCUAUUCUCGUAGGAAAAGAUAUUGG